AUGUUAGCUGGCCUUAUCAAGCGCGCACCUGCUAUUUGGUUCUGUGUGAGGUUCUCCAGCUUCGGCCGUAAAAUAGCGAAAUUUUCUCCCAUGAUGGCUGUAGAAGAUGGGAGUUCCGCUAAACGAUCGCUAUCACCAUCACUGCUGCAUAAGAAAACUAAAAAACCGAAGCUGAAGAAGUACAAAGCGAAGAAGGUUGAUCCGACUUCCCCGUCAGGUGUUCUUCAGUUUGAAAUCAAUGACUUGCUUGUGGAGCACGCAUUAACCGAAGACCAUGUUAAGAACGAUGUGAGUGCGAUUCUCAAUGACUCUUCUAGAGAUGGACCUGUGGUGCAGGCUUAUCAUCGAGAAGUUCAGAACGUUAAAGUACUUAAGAUUACCUCUAGCGGGGACGGAUUGGGUAUAAUAGAUAAUCCGGUCGAGGAAGGAAAGAAGCAAAUAGUGGUUAUUCCAUUUGGAUUACCGGGCGACAUCGUUCGAAUCAAAGUUUUCAAGACGCACCCAUCAUAUGUGGAAAGUGACUUGCUCGAGGUUACAACGAAGAGUGAAAUGCGGAACGAUGACUUAAUUAACUGCAAAUACUUUGGUAAAUGUUCGGGGUGCCAGUUCCAGUUUUUGGAGUACGACAGUCAAUUAGAGCUGAAGAAGAAAACAAUUAUUAGAGCAUUUAAGCAUUUUGCGCCACGGCUUGUCAGCGAGGGUUUACUGCCUGAUGUCGGUGACACCAUUGGCUCCCCUUUACAGUAUGGUUACAGAACCAAGCUGACUCCACAUUUCGAUGUCCCCAGAAAAUCAAAAUCAUUGCAGAUCAGACCACCACUUGGAUUCGGCCAAAAGGGUCGUCCGCAGUGGAAAAAGGACACAAUCGAGCAAGGCGGCCACGCGUCAAUCCUUGACAUCGAAGAAUGCCCGAUCGGGACCAGUGUUGUCAACAUGGGUAUGCAAAACGAAAGGAAACGAUUCACGGAAGAAUUCAGCAAGUACAAGAAAGGUGCAACUAUCCUGCUGAGAGAGAAUACAACCGUUGUAGGAUCUUCGUUAGAAUCAGGGGAAGAAGGCUCUCGGGAACCCACAGGUAAACUGUCGGAGGUGAAGGUUCGAGACGAUGCUACUGACAAAACUUUGAUCAAGACAUGCGUCACGAACACCAGACAAGUUGUCACGGAGUACAUAGAUGGCUACACGUUUCAAUUUAGUGCAGGAGAGUUCUUUCAGAAUAACAACUCGAUCCUACCGCUAGUAACCAAGUAUGUGCGCGAGAAUCUACAGAUACCGAACUCCCAACCUGAUCAAGACCAUAACCUGGUGGAUGCAUACUGCGGUUCGGGGCUUUUCAGUAUCUGCAGCUCUAAGGGUGUGACAAGAGUCAUCGGAGUUGAAAUAUCCGCUGACAGUGUCACAUUCGCACAGCGAAACGCAACUGCCAACGGCGUUGAAAACUGUAAAUUCAUCGUGGGCAAAGCCGAAAAGCUCUUUGAAUCGAUCGAUACUCCAAACGAUAGAACAUCCGUGGUGUUAGACCCACCAAGAAAAGGUUGUGAUGAGCUAUUCCUCACGCAACUCGCAGAGUAUUGUCCCGCCAAGAUUGUCUACAUUUCAUGCAACGUUCAUUCGCAAGCUAGAGACGUCGAGUAUUUCCUCAAAAACACCGACAACGGUAAGCGCUACAAGAUAGAGAGCAUUAGAGGAUUCGAUUUCUUCCCCCAGACGCACCAUGUUGAAGGUGUUUGUGUAUUAACCCGGGUCAACUGA